AUGCGGCCGGUCAUCCGGUCAUCUGUGCUGGGUGGGGGCGACAGGAAAGAAAAGCCCCUCCUCAGCCUCAUUCCUGGAAGCCGCCGUCCCCCUCUCCCCAGCUUGCCCUCAUGGGAGCUCAGUGAAUGUUGGCUCAAACAGGACCAGGACGUGCGGUGUGGAGGGGCAUCCACUGUGACACCAGGGGCAUCCACAGACCCUCCGCUGGACUCUGAGUCUCAGCGGCAGUUCGGGAGGCAGAUGCUGCUCGGGGGGCUGGAGGAUACCUCCAGGCCUGGGCGUGAGUCCCUUCUGCCCCUAACUGGUCACUCCUGCCUGCGCUGGGCAGUCACGUGUCAGGUACAGUGCUACAGCAGCGAACAAAGACAAGACCUCUGCCUGGGUGCAGCUCGUAAGACGUGGUGUCAGAGGCAGGCAGGGAAGGGGCAGCUCUCCGAGGAGAUGGGGACAAGAGUGCCCUACCUGCUACCCCACCCAGAAUGA